AUGAAUGUAAGUUUUGUUUUAAAACUUUUCAUAGAUUUUUUAAUGUUUCUAAUGUUUAUUAUAUGUUUUAGCCGAACUUUGCAAUUAAUAUGGACGAAAGGAUCAGGGCUCUCAAGCUUAUUCUGAAGCGUUCGAAGGAUUCAGAAGGUGGGGUUUUACGUCAUUUUGCAUUUGUUGUCAACUUUCUUGUUUUCUAAUCUUUUAUUUACGAUAACAAACAUCUUUUUUUUAGUGUUUCGAAGAAUUUUGAAGAAAAAAAAAACAUUUUGGGUUAAAGAUUUAGUGUAUUAAAUUGUUUCAGGUUUUCUUGGUACCUGUAUUACCCAUUAUGGCAAAAUGGACACUGAAUUCGAAGUUGACAAUAUGGAUAUGUUAUAUGAUCAUUUGAUGAGGAAAGAAAGAGCUUUUGCUCCAUGGGCUGUCGAAACUUGCGUUGAAAUGAAGGAUUUGAAAGGUUUAACCUUGCAGCCUGCUGAAUUUGCACCGUUUGCAAAGGUUUUAAAAGGUAAGGCUUUGCGUCAAUAUGUUAGUAUGAUGCUGAAGAUGUUAUAUUUUGUUAUUAUACUUCUAUUUGGCGAAGUUUUACAUUAUUCGUAACGUAAGCUAAAGAGUUUUCAGUGUUUUAGGUAAGGAAAAGUGGUGAGUUAUGUGGUUUUACUCAUAACUUUUGUGUAAAGAUAGAUAAAAGCUGGAAAUUUUGUGGGAAGUUAGCUUACUUGUUGUUUAAACUAACAUAUAUAACAAUUUUUUAAAAUAUACAUUUUUUUGUGUCACAAUUGGAUAAUAACGUGAUCUACCUAUAGUGAUUUUCAGAGCUAUCAGGAAAGAUGGAGAUUCAUUUGAAAGUGGCAAAAACGUACGAUUUGGAAGUGAAGGUUCUGGGAGAAGAAGGACCAUUAAUGUACCAAGACGUAGAAUGCUUCCCAAAACAGUUGAAGUACUUUGAAGGCAAAGAGAUUGGAGUUCUGAGAGUCAAUGGCAAUGAACGGGACUGGGGUUUGUUUUAUAUUACUGGGGAUAAGUUUAUCUUAAUCUUGGCAUAAUUUUUGAAUAUUUUGGAAUCUCACGGAUACUAUUAAUCAGAAUAGGUUUUGUAAUGUUUAAAUUUUGUUACUUGGUUUCGUAAUUGAGUUUUAGGUUUAUUUAUUUUGGCUAGAGGUAGGUCAUGAUAAUGUAUAGCUUGUGUAUGGCCUGAAUAGGUUGAAUGUUUUUACUGUUGUUGACUACUAAUGUCAUUAAUUGUUUUAUUUUCAGACUUUAGCGCUUUAUUCCGCAUUAUCGCGAAUGUCAUUGUAUGUUCACAGUGUUUCAGCUUGGAAAACUUUGUUGAAGGCGGGUAAGUAGGAUCUUUUGAUUAUAGUUUGGACUUGUUAUGCGUAAAAGCUAGCAAAACGUUGGUUGAAAAUGUGUUUUUGGAUAUCAAAUCGUUUAAAGGUUAGUAUCCGUUAUUUUACUGAGCAAAAUCCGUUUUAAAAAUUGAAUAUUAUGUUAGUUUGAACACUAAUAUUUUUCAUAGGUUUAGUUCCAGUUUCGAAGAGUCGAAAGUUCUCGUCAUGGAGUGUGCUAUCAAUUUAGCUCAAAAACAAGAGACAGGCUUGUACAAGAAGGUCUUCGAAGUGAUCACCAAAUACAUGCCAAUAGUGGAGAACAUCAAUACAUACGAUUCUGAAUACACCGUGAAUGUUGCUGAUAGAACGGAACAUUACGAAAAAGUCAAUGGAAGUGUGUCCAAAGUAGGUUAUGAUGUUAUCUGGGUUAGGGCAGGGCUAUGGGGUUACGAUGGUAGGGCAGGGUUGAGCAUUGGUGAGACUUGGAUACUUUGGCCAGAGGUAGUGGAAGCUUAUGCUAAAAUAAAUAUUGGGUAUGCCUUGGAUAGAUGAAGGUUUUUAUCGAGCUAGGAUAAGGUAGGACUAUUUUUAAUGGCAGGAGUAGGGUCUUAACUUAUAAUUAAAAAAAAAUUUUUUUUUGAAAAAAAAACAAAAAAUUAUUUAAAAACUACUUUUCAGUCCUAUAUGGAAACGAUCGACAACAUUGUGACAAACUUCAAGGAAAUAGCCAAGCACAACAAAAACGCUGACAUCUUAGUAUUAGCCAAAUUCUUUGUUUUUGACGAUUGGUACAUUGAUGAAGUCUACAGGCUGUUCAAGGAAAAGUUUGGAAAUAUCUACGAAUCUCCGAAGAAUGACAACAAAGAACUUUGUAUAUUGGAGAGAAAGUUUGGAUAUGUAGAGGCAAGGUGUAUGUUGUUCAUGACUGUUUCUAUGCGAAGUUAA